GAGCGGCUCAACACUUCUGAAUUUCAAGACUGGGGAGCACAUUUCAUGUUGCAAUCAGUGUGCAACAGGUCCCUUCCUUCCGCCAAGCCCAAGUUACGUCUUUUUCAUCAUGCCCAAGUACAAGCUCACCUACUUUGACAUCCGUGGCCUAGCAGAAUCAGCCCGUAUGCUGUUUGUGAUCGCCGGGCAGGAAUUUGAAGACGUCAGACUCCAGCAAAAGGAAUGGCCAGCAAUCAAGCCAACAACACCGUUUGGACGUCUCCCAUUGCUUGAAGUUGACGGCAAAGUACUUCCAGAGUCUAGGGCCAUAAACUACUAUCUGGCAAAAGAAUUCAACCUAUACGGUGCCAGUAACUGGGAGGGCGCCGCCAUCGACGUUGUUGGCGAGCUAGUGUUCGACAUGAUGAAGCCCUUUGGCGAAUUCAUGUUCGAAAAAGACGAAGCGAGAAAGGCUGAACUUAAAAAGAAGUACGAUGAAGCCCUGCCUGUUGGUCUGGAGAGGUUGGAGGGGUCGUUGGCUAAGAACAAUGGUGGAGAUGGCUUCUUCGUCGGUGACAAGAUCAGCUUAGCAGACAUCAGCGUUUUCAAUGCGUUCGAAUACUGUGUGAAGGGAGACAAUGCCACAAUACUAGACAAGUACCCCAAGCUGAAGGCGUGGCAGGCCCGUGUAGCUUCCGACGAGAAAAUUGCAGCUUACCUCGCCCAGCGCAAAUCCACAGAAAAGGCAGCGCCAGGUUUUGGGAAGCCCUCCGACAACACCAUGCCUUCCUACAAACUCACCUACUUCGACAUUAAAGGCCGCGCCGAGCCGGUCAGGAUGCUUUUCACUGUUGCUGGUGUUCCGUUUGAGGAUGUGCGGAUUAAGCAGGCGGACUGGUCGGCCAUGAAAUCGAAGACACCAUUUGGUCAGUUACCCUUCUUGGAAGUCGACGGUAAAGUGCUCGCCCAGACAAGGGCUAUCACUUACUACGUUGCGAGAGACCUGAAGCUCUACGGUGCAAACAACUGGGAGAGCGCCCAAAUUGACGUAGUUGGUGAACUCAUGUUUGAUCUCGUGAGACCGUAUACUGAAAAAAUCAUGUUUGAGAAAGACGAACAGAAAAAGGCCGAAAAUCUGAAGAAGUACCUGAGUGAGACUGCACCCACAAUACUGGCAAAUGUCGAAGAACAACUGAAGAAGAACAAGGGAGGAGAUGGUUUCUUUGUCGGUGACAAGAUCUCCCUUGCAGACAUCAAUGUGUUCUCCAGCUUUGACUUCACAUCCCUUCCAGAAAAACUAGACAACAUGGCUAAAUACCCCAAGCUGAAGGCUCUGCUGGAUCGUGUGAAGGCAAAUAAAAACAUGGCGGCUUAUUUGGCAAAGCGAAAGCCAUCGCCCUAUUAAAAGAACGGCAUGGAAUCUGUCUAAUUAAGUUGUAUUCUCAGAACAACCAUUCAAAACUCCAAGUAAUCGUAAAAUGUUUUAUUUUGAUGAAAUCUUCUUCAUACUUGUCUUCGGUGCAUGAAAAUAAUUUGACAUCCCGUGGGGUUUAGUGUAUUGUAUAUGGAAAGAACACUUUUCUAAACAUUUAAAGGGUAAAUACUUUUCUGGAAACAGACGGCGCUGUUAAGUAAAUAAUAAACUCAAAAGAGUACCUGCAAAAUAACCGUUGAAGAAGGAUGCACUUUUUAAAAAAAUUAUAUUGAACUGUGAUAAGGUCAUGUGAUCGGUGUGUGUCAUGAAUGAUAGGCCAUAGGUUUGAUGGAUCAUCGCUUUAUUUUUUGUCCUGAAUAUAGCCUCUUUCUUCACAUUCCAUUGCCUAAUGGUCAUGGGUUUCCGGGAAGGAUUCGGCUCGACAGGGCCUGCCGUGCUUAUGUCAUUAAGUACUGCAGAAGCACCGAGUGGUUUCAAACGUCGUGCUAAUGCCAAGUCGACUACAAUUUCUAUUCGAAGUUGGUCCAACAUGUCGUUAAUAAUUAGGAAUGCGCAUGUUUACAACGUGUAGUAGAGUUGAGAAAUAAUCAACGAACAAACGCAUCAAAUAUGGCGACUAAAAUAGCAAUAUCUAGAAACCCACGGGGCAGAUUGCUGGACGGAGCUCGGGCGGUAGUAGGUUUCAGUUACACAAUUUCUCUUUCCUAUUCCUCCUUGAUAUAGUUUAAGAUAAAAUCAAAGGUGACCUUUGAAACUAAAGCUCCCGUCCGAAUGUCGACAAAGGACUUAUCGAAAUGUUCACUUGGGUGAUAUUUUAUGGAAACGUCACUGCAAGAUCGCCAGGAACCAUAACAUCGGACCUUGAAAAUAAAAAUACCCCAAUUUAUCUGAGAAAUA